CCACAUAAUUAUCACUUCACCAAAAAUAAAAUCUUUAACAGCCAAAAAGAAGAAAAAAAAAAAAAUUGAAGUUUUUGUACAAAUGGGAACAAGUUGUUGUUUCACAAGGUUGAUCGUUUCACUGUUUCUCUUGGUUUGUUUUGCUGCAAAUGCAACCAUGGUGCAUGGCCAAGGCCUGCAUGUUGGGUUCUAUAAAGCUACAUGCCCAAAAGCUGAAGUAAUUGUUAGGUCAACAGUUGGGUCUCACUUCAACUCCAAUCCUUCCAUAGCUCCUGCCUUGCUAAAUUUGCACUUCCAUGAUUGCUUUGUCAGAGGCUGCGAUGCUUCCAUCCUUAUUGACGGCCGGACUGCGGAGAAGAUGGCCGAACCAAAUCUCGGAUUGAGAGGUUACAAUGUGAUUGAGGAUGCCAAGUCCCAGCUUGAAGCUGAAUGCCCUGGUGUUGUUUCCUGCGCAGACAUUCUCGCUCUUGCUGCACGUGAUUCUGUGGUUCUGACGGGUGGACCUUCUUGGUCUGUGCCAACCGGGCGAAGAGAUGGUCGGGUUUCAAUAGCGAGUAAUGUCAAUUUUCCCAGCUUUAGAUACUCCACCGAAACGUUGACGAAAAAGUUUGCAGAAAAAGGUCUCAACGUUCUAGAUCUCGUCACCUUGGUUGGUGCACACACAAUUGGUACUUCAGCAUGCCAGUUCUUCAGCUACAGGCUCUACAACUUCUCAGCAGCCAAUAGUGUUGAUCCCUCCAUGGACCCUGUUUACGCUACUCAACUGCAAAAACUAUGCCCACAGAAUGGCGAUGCCACAGCCCGUGUAGCACUUGACACGGUAAGCCCGCAUCAUUUCGACGUGUCCUUCUAUAGAAACUUGAGGAAUGGUAGAGGAACACUAGAGGUUGAUCAGAAGUUGUGGUCUGAUAUCCCCACGAGAAAUGCUGUCCAACACUUUCUGGUUGGGGGAGGGUCGAAUUUCCAUGGGAAAUUUGGCAGUUCCAUGGUGAAAAUGGGCAACAUUGAUGUGAAAACAGGUACUGAGGGCGAAAUUCGCAGGAUUUGCUCUGCCAUUAAUUGAUUAAUUGAACAAGCUUAUAAUUAUUGUGA